AGUGAGAGGCUUUCGAGGAGGCUUUGUGUUGUUCGUGUGUGUUUUCCCAUCUGGUUUUGAGAGUUUUUCACGCAUUUUUACUGUAAAUUCAUUGGAGAUAUGUCGGAAACUGAUUCGCCAAUUCCGCCGACGCCCAGUGAUGUGGACACUGAGGAUCACCGGCAGAUCCGCGCAGCCAUGGAGUCUCCAGUUGGGGAGUUUGAGAAUGCUGAGGAUCUCCUGGGAGACACGAUUGUGCACGAGGAUGAGGAUGAAGACGGCGAAGAGUUGUUUGGAGACAACAUGGAAAAUGAUUAUCGCCACAUUCCUGAGCUGGACCGAUAUGAUCAGACCGCGUUGGAUGAUGAGGAUGACUUCAGCGUCAUGUCAGAGUCCGAUCGUCGGGCUGCCGAAGCGGAGAUGCGUCGUCGGGAUCGCGCGCUGGGCAUAAUAAGGGAUGAUCGGGAUUUGCUGUACGAUCGCAGCGAUGAUGAGGAUGAUAUCCCGAGGGCGAAGCGCCGGGCGGCAGAGAAGGCUGCCAUGGGAGGUGAGCUGGAGGACGAGGAGAUGGUGGAGUCAAUUGAGAAUCUGGAGGAUACGAAAGGACACUCAACGAAGGAGUGGGUUUCAAUGCUGGCGCCUCGCACUGAGAUCACGAAUCGCUUCAAGAAUUUCCUGCGCACGUUUGUGGAUGAGAAUGGACAUCAGAGAUACCGCGAUCGCAUCAGGCGCAUGUGUGAGCAGAAUCAGUCUAGUUUUGUAGUGUCUUAUCCGGAUCUGGCCACCAAGGAGCACGUUUUGGCGUACUUUCUGCCCGAGGCGCCUUUCCAGAUGUUCGAGAUCUUCGACAAAGUGGCCAAAGACAUGGUGCUGAGCAAUUAUCCCACUUAUGAGCGCGUCACCAAUGAAAUCCACGUGAGAAUCUCCGAUUUGCCACUCGUGGAGGAAUUGAGAACAUUCAGGAAGCUCCACUUGAAUCAACUGGUGAGGACUCUUGGCGUUGUCACUGCCACAACAGGCGUCAUGCCUCAGCUCUCCGUGAUCAAAUAUGAUUGCGUGAAGUGCGGCUACAUUCUCGGGCCUUUCGUGCAGACACAGAAUGAAGAGGUGAAGCCAGGAUCGUGCCCAGAGUGUCAGAGUUCUGGUCCAUUCUCCAUCAACAUGGAGCAAACGCUGUACAGAAACUACCAGAAGAUCACACUGCACGAGUCUCCGGGAAGGAUUCCGGCGGGAAGAAUUCCCAGGAGCAAAGACUGCAUCCUCCUGGCCGAUCUCUGCGACUCCUGCAAACCAGGAGAUGAAAUCGAAGUCACUGGCAUUUACACAAACAACUACGAUGGCUCUUUGAACACCGAUCAGGGCUUUCCAGUGUUCGCCACAGUGAUUCUGGUCAAUCACAUUGUUGUGAAGGACUCCAAACAAGUUGUUCAGUCGCUCACUGAUGAGGACAUUCACGAGAUCCAGAAGCUGAGCAAGGAUCCCAAGAUCAGCGAUCGCAUUGUGGCCAGCAUCGCUCCGUCGAUUUAUGGACAUGACUUCAUCAAGAGAAGCCUCGCUCUUGCCUUGUUCGGCGGCGAGGCCAAGAAUGCUGGGGAGAAGCACAAGAUCCGUGGUGACAUCAACGUGUUGAUCUGCGGUGAUCCGGGAACGGCAAAGUCGCAGUUCUUGAAGUACAUUGAGAAAAUCGCGCCCAGAGCCGUCUUCACCACUGGCCAGGGCGCUUCGGCCGUCGGUCUCACGGCGUACGUGCGCAGAAAUCCACAAUCGCACGAGUGGACCCUCGAGGCGGGUGCUCUCGUGCUGGCCGACCAAGGAGUAUGUCUGAUUGAUGAGUUCGACAAGAUGAACGACCAAGAUCGCACGUCCAUCCACGAAGCGAUGGAGCAGCAGUCGAUUUCCAUCUCCAAAGUCGGCAUCGUGACAUCUCUCCAGGCGCGCUGUGCAGUCAUCGCGGCUGCCAAUCCCAUCGGGGGGCGUUACGAUUCCAGCAUGACUUUCACGGAGAACGUGAACCUGUCGGAGCCCAUUCUCUCCCGUUUCGACGUGCUCUGCGUGGUUAAGGACGAAUUUGAUCCCAUGCAGGACAAGCAUUUGGCGCAAUUCGUGGUGCAGUCGCACAUCAAGCAUCAUCCCGCCAUGGAGGAUGGACUGCAGGAGAGUCAACCAUCUCAGCAGACGGCGGUGAAUGUGGAUGAGAUUCCCCAGGAGAUGCUGAGGAAGUAUUUGGUCUACGCCAAGGAGAACGUUCGCCCCAAACUUACCAAUAUGGAUCAGGAUAAGAUCGCCAAGAUGUACGCUCAGCUUCGACAAGAAUCUCUGGCGACGGGAAGUCUGCCGAUCACGGUGAGGCACAUUGAGAGCGUGAUCAGAAUGUCCGAGGCGCACGCGAGAAUGCACUUGAGAGACUCUGUGCAGGAGAAUGAUGUCAACAUGGCCAUCAGGAUGAUGCUGGAGGGUUUCAUUGAGGCGCAGAAGUUCAGUGUUAUGAAGAAAAUGCGAUCUACCUUCCAGAAGUACCUAUCAUUCCAAAAGGACAACGCCGAGCUGAUCUUCUUCAUCCUGCGUCAGUUGUCCCUGGACCAGCUGAUGUACGUGCGCUGCAAAGAGGGCCCCAGCGCCACUCACAUCGAGAUCAUGGAGCGCGACUUGAUGGAACGCGCGAAGCAGAUCAACAUUCACAGCGUCAAGUCCUUCUACGACAGUCCCUUGUUCCGCAACAACGGCUACACGUUCGAUCCCAAGCGAAAAGUCAUCGUCCAGGUUGUUCCGGAAGCCGCGGUGGUUCAGUAAAUGCCCUUUUCUGUUCA